AUGCAGCGGGUGCAGCAGGAAGCAUCGUCACCCACACUGGUUCCAGACGAGGCGCAGGCGAUUCAACAGUGCUCUCUUGAGGACGUGGAGCAAUACGAUGGUUACGUACGUGUGGUAGAGCGCUUUCUCCGCCGCUGGGACCCCGCCGCCGCUGCCGUUGCCGCCGCCCAGCCGUCUGUCUCAGUAGCGUUAGCUAAUACGCCGGUCUUGCUGCCGCCAACGGCCAGCGCAGCUGCGCUUGGUGAGGCGAAUGGUCACCCACCUGAUGCCACAGUGGUUAUUGAACUUGCAGAGGAGCCGCGCUGGGAGUCAAUGGCGCCAGCGUUGGCGGACCAGCUCGCGUCAGCCGCUGCUAACAGCAAGACGUCGUGGGCGCAGGUUGUUUCACUCUUCACAGGAGUAAAGGGGUUUCGAGAAGCGGAGCGAGCGGAGCUGUGGAAUUAUUGGGCACAGUUGCGAAAUGAAUCUGCUCUGCUGGCCUCCAAAGUUGUGCGCAUGCAACAGCGCCGCGAGGCUCUUGUCCAACUGAAGUCACUCCUCUUUCCGCUUAGUGGGACUUCCAUGGAAGCCAUGCAGUCGGAGUGGGAGGAACGACUCGUCCAGCGGAUGCAGGAGAUGAGAGAAACUUACGUGAAAUAUCAGCAUCAACCGCAGAAGCAAUACUAA